CUUUUAAAUAGUUUCGAAAUGGAGCCACAAAAUAUGAAUCCUUCAUCCAAAGAUAUUCUAAUUGCAAUAGCUUUAUUAACUUCUCAGUUCAAAGAAUCUACUUUGCAAACAAGUUUGACGACUUCAAAUUUUGAAAUUGAAUGUGUAGAUGUUGAAUCUGAUGAACAAUCGGACGAAAAAUCGGGUGAUGUGUCAGAUGAACAAUCGGGCAAUGAGUUUGAAGAACAAUUAAAACUUUAUAAAGGGCAAGUUUUUCAAACGGUUGAAGAAGCGCAUAUUGUAGUUGAAUCUUUUGCCCAUUCAAAUGGAUUUGGAAUUCGUAAAGGACGUGUUGAAAAGGAUGUAAAUGGCCAGGAAAUUUCAAGAUCCUUUUUAUGCCAUCAUGAUAGAAAACUAUCCACCACAAAUACAUCACAUAACACAAAUGAAUCUGGUUCAUGUCGUACUGGUUGUAAUUGGAAGGUUAAUAUUUACUGGA